AUGGCGAGCUCGGGGUCGCUGGAGACGGUCAUGCCUUCCUCCUGCCCCCGGCACGAUGGCAGGGCCGCCGCCGCUAACCCCUCCAAGACCCUGGCCUUCUCCAUCGAGAGGAUCAUGGCCAAGACGUCGGAGCCCAAACCAGCCUUCGAGCAGAGGCACGGCGGGCCGGGGCUGGAGCCCGGACAGGAGCCGGAGCCGGGCAAGAAGCCUCUGAGCCUGUGUUCGCCCCUGCCCUGCGUGAUCCCUAUCCCGCCGCUGGGCUACGAGGUGCCCUCCAAGACUCUCCUCAACUACUCGGAGCUGUGGAAGAGCAGUCUGCGGGGCGGUGCGGGGCUCUGCAAAGCCAACUGCGGCGUCUGCUGUAAGGCAGAGCUCGCCCUGGGCCAGCCCAGCGGCCGGCUUAUCAAGCCACAGGUCAUCCACCAAGCCGGGGCCGUACCGGCAGCUCCUCGUUCCCUCUACUACUUCAACUACCUGGACGCCGCGUACCACCCGGCUGACAUCCUGCACGGACAGCUCUUCCCUGCCGGCCUGCUGGGUGCCCCGCCACCGGGGGGGCUCUCGGCCCAUCAGAAGCUUUUCCUGCUGGAGAACGCCAAACUGGCGGGGCUGGCGGCCGAAAAGCUGCCGCCGCCGCCGCCCUUCUCCCAUAAAGAACGGCUGCCGGGACACCUGGAUCAGGUGAUGAAGGAGGCGGCGGCGGCAGAGCGCGGCGGCCCCCCUAAGGGCCACGCCAAGCUGGGAGGCGGCGGCGGCGGCGGGGCGGCGGAGGGCAAGCCCAAAAACUUCACCUGCGAGGUCUGCGGCAAGGUGUUCAACGCGCACUACAACCUCACCCGCCACAUGCCGGUGCACACGGGGGCCAGGCCGUUCGUGUGCAAGGUCUGCGGGAAGGGCUUCCGCCAGGCCAGCACCCUGUGCCGGCACAAAAUCAUCCACACCCAGGAGAAACCCCACAAGUGCAACCAGUGCGGGAAGGCGUUCAACAGGAGCUCCACGCUCAACACCCACAUCCGCAUCCACGCCGGCUACAAGCCCUUCGUCUGCGAGUUCUGCGGCAAGGGCUUCCACCAGAAAGGUAACUACAAGAACCACAAGCUGACCCACAGUGGAGAGAAGCAGUACAAAUGCACCAUUUGCAACAAAGCCUUCCACCAGAUCUAUAACUUGACUUUCCACAUGCACACCCACAACGACAAGAAGCCCUUUACGUGCGUCACUUGCGGGAAAGGAUUUUGCAGAAACUUUGAUUUAAAGAAGCACGUCCGAAAGUUGCACGACAGCGUCUCCAGCGCUGCUCCGCCACCGCCGCCGCCGCGGGACCCCGGGCGCAGCGGGCAGAGCUAA